UCACUUAUCUAGUUUCCUUUGCAACAGUAAAAUCCCAAUUGAAAACUUUAAAGAAUCCACGCGCCACUAUCUCUGAUCUCACUGUCCGCCCAUGGCGACCAUUCCGAUGACAAACUCUCAAUCCACCGCCGGAAGUGGACCCCAAUCACAACCCCCAAUAACCAACCCUGCUUUCCGUACAUUCCUCUCACGACUGACGUCGUCGAUCCGUCAGGGAUUCUCCCAGCGUCGGCCAUGGUACGAACUCAUCGAUCGGACUGCCAUGGCCCGUCCCGACAAUUUAACGGAUGCCUAUUCUCGGAUCCGUAGAAACUUUUCCUAUUUCAAAGUCAAUUACAUUACUCUACUUGCACUUGUUCUCGCUUUCUCGCUUUUAUCUCAUCCUUUUUCCCUCCUCGUCCUCCUCGGCCUCCUUGCCGCUUGGCUCUUCUUAUACUUGUUCCGACCGUCGGAUCAACCUCUCGUAAUCUUCGGCCGUACAUUCUCCGAUCGUGAGACGCUUGGCAUCUUGGUGGUGCUGACGGUAUUCAUCGUGUUCUUAACCAGCAUUGGCUCGCUCUUGAUCUCCGCCAUCUUGAUUGGAGUUGCCAUUGUUUGUAUACACGGUGCGUUUAGGGUUCCGGAGGACUUGUUUUUAGACGAUCAGGAUCCUGCAAACUCUGGAUUCCUCUCCUUCCUCGGCAACGCAGCCUCUUCCGCUGCCAUUGCGGCGGCCCCUGCUGUUGCCUCACGUGUGUGAACAACAGGUUUUUUCAAGCUGCACGAGCGUAUGCGUUUCACCUUCGUUUUUGGUAAAUCAAAAUUUGAUUUACUGUUUUCAUGGUUGAUUAAAAUAUUCUGUUGUAGCUUUGCUCUUGUUUGUAUUUAGACUCGGAUAUGAACUUGGAUUAAGAGAUAGAUCUUAUUGCCUAUUGAUUUCGAUGUUGUAUUAUUUGCUUCUUGAAAUUUUGAUGUCAUUAGAUUUAGUUUUAA